UAGAAAUGGAAGAUGAAAGAUGGAUGGAUCAUGGAAAUGUCAAGUGUCAAUCAACGGAAAUUGUCGUUUUUCAUAAAUAAUUGUAGAAAAAAUACGCCUUUUCUAAAAUGUGUCUGUUAACUUUUUCUUGUUCAGUGCGCGAUUAAAAUAUAGGAAUAUAUUCAUUUGAAAUACCUUAAUUGAAGUUAUUUCAAUAUAUAUUAAAAUAAUAGUUUGAUUUAAAAAAUUCACUAGUUAAAAAAAAUGGGUGAGGAAGCUACCGCUUCUGAAACCCCAGUUCAAAGAGCUAGGUGCUUUUUCGAUGUCUCAAUUGGUGGUAUUAACAGUGGUAGAAUCGUUUUCGAAUUGUUUACUGAAAUCGUCCCAAAGACCUGUGAAAAUUUUAGAGCAUUGUGCACGGGAGAAAAAGGGUUAGGUGAAGAAACUAAAAAGCCCCUUCAUUAUAAUGAUGUGAUUUUUCAUCGUGUAGUUAAAGAUUUUAUAAUACAAGGUGGAGAUUUUUCAAAUGGAAAUGGAACAGGAGGUGAAAGUAUCUAUGGAGGAACUUUUGAAGAUGAGAAUUUUAUUCUCAAACAUGAUCAGCCAUUGCUUUUAUCCAUGGCUAAUAGAGGAAAGGAUACUAAUGGGUCUCAAUUUUUUAUUACAACGCAACCGGCGCCCCAUCUGGACAAUGUUCAUGUUGUUUUUGGGAGAGUAAUCAGUGGAAUAGAGGCAGUUAGACAAAUUGAAGCUCUUCCAGUUGAUGCUAAUAGCAGGCCCCUGCAGGAUGCUAAGAUUACCAAGUGUGGAGAACUUGUUAAACAAGUCAAAGCUAAAAAGGACAAGAAAAAAAUUGAAGUAGAUGAAGAAGGCAAUGAUGAAAAUGAAGAGAAGAAAUCAAAGAAAAAGCACAAAAAAGAAAAGAAAAAAGACAAAAAAGAUAAAAAACAAAAGAAAGCUGGAGAUAAAUCUGAUGAUCCUGAAGAAGGCGAGGUUUUCGAACCGCAUCCUCUGGUUACAGUGUCAAAUAUCAAUCCAGAUGAUAUACCAGAAGUUCCCAAAAAUAAAUUUUUAAUGCGAGGAGAGAUCAAAAAAGAAAGUGACAAUAUUGAUGAUCGUAAAAAUAAAAAAGAUGUAGGUAGAGACAAGAAUUUUAGAGAUAGAAAUGAGAGAGGAAAACGAGAGUGGGGAUCCAAUUUUAAUAGAAGAGGAAGGCCUUUGACUUCUAAAAGUGGCCGCACAAUAAAAGGACGAGGAAAAUUUAGGUUCAGAACUCCAUCUCGUAGUCGUUCUAGAAGCGCCACUCCCAUCCACUGGCGUAAAGAAGAAUCUCGUGUAAUAAAAAUGUCUGAUCUUCACAAACUUGAAAAUCAACGAAAAAAACUUGAAGACAUGAAAGAAAAAUCCCUGCGACGACGCAGUGGGACCCCUGAACUUCCAUACCACAAGUCUCUUACACCCCAAACAGAACACCCUAAACACCGCGGGGUAGAUUAUAACGCUUUAGAUUAUGAGGAUCCCAGCGACGAAGAUGACCCUAAAAAAAUUGUGCCAAGUUUGGUACAAUAUCCUUUGCCAGGUGCUUACAAUAAAUAUAAAAGCAGAGAAGAGUUGCAAAGAGAGAUUAGGCAGGUUGAUCUAGAGGAAAAAGAAGCUGAAGAAAUUAAUAAGAGGUCCGAUUUUUUGGCUAUGGCUUUAGGGGUUCAAAUAAAAAAAGGAGAAGAUCCUCCCACUGGCGAGAUGAAAAUGAGUGGAUACAGUAAUAAGUCCCAACAACGACCAAAUAAAUUUGUAUCUGCUGCCACCAACAAGACCUUAAAUAGUAGGUUUGGAAGAGUAAAUAUGCGAUUGUUGCAAUUAGCAGGUCAUGAAAAUAUCCAGAUACCUCCACAGUUAGCCAGCAAGGUCGAGGAAAAAAGGGGCAGAAACAAGUUCGAAACUGAAAAACCUGUACAAAAUGAUAACAGAUUUGAGAGAAACGGUCGAUUUGUAGAAGUUAGAAGAAAUAAUAGAGGUAGAUUCGAAGAUCGCAGACGAAAUGUCAUUGAAGAGAAAAACAGAAGAGAUAAGGAGAGAGACAGAGAUAUAAAAGAACGCAAAGAUAGAGACAAAACAAGGGAUCAUAGGAAAUCCCCAAUUAGAAGAAGUAGGUCACGUGAAAGAGCUCUUAAAACUUCGUACUCAAGGAACAGAAGAUCAAAGAGCAAAGAAAAGGAAAAAUCUAGGCGAUCCAAAUCUGCUGAAAAUGAAAAAAAUAAAAAGCAUGAUGAUAAUCAUGUUUUUAAAGUCGAUAAAGAUGCUGAAGAAAAAUAUAGAAAGUUGCUUAUUCUUAGGAAGAAAAUGGAAUUGUUGGAGUUGAAGAAACAAGAAGAAAUGCGUUUGGUAGCUGAAAAACAACGUAAAGCAAAAGAGGAGACUGAGAUGUUAGAAAAGGCAAAAAGAGCAAAACGAGAUGCCAUUGAAAAGGAGAAACUGCUAAAAACAUAUAAGGUUCUUCAGGAAUUAGAUGGAAAGAAAGACGUUAAAAAGAGAACACUGAGUUCAUCUAGUUCAAGUAGCAGUAGCAGUUCAGACAGUGAUAGAUCUAGGAAAAGAAACCGAAGAUCUAAAUCAAAGUCUAGGUCUAGAUCUAAAUCUCGAUCCAGAACAAAAAGACGUAGGCGUUCCUCAACGAGAUCUUCAAAAAGCAGAUCUAGAGAUAGAUACAGGGAUAGACAACCUUCCAGAAGACAUCAUCGAUAAAUAAUUAACUUUGUUUUACUGUAAGAAAGUAUUUUAUUUUCUCGUACAUAUUCUGCAAAUAAAAAACAUUCCUUUACGUGUGUCUUCAAGUAAAAAUAUAAACCUAAAAUUAUAAAUAUUUUUAUGACAAAACUAGAUCGUUGUUUUUAUGACGCCAUAGUUUACAAUUUUUUUUUAUUAAAAUUAAUUCAGUUUUCACCAUUUUAGUUUAGAAGGUGUUUUUUUUAUUUGUAGGUUAUUGUAGGUAUGUAUUGUAUUGAAAUUUGUUAAAUUAUUUCAUUAAUUUUCAAGUAAUAUAUGGAUGGAC